AUGGCCUGCAGCCCCUUGGCAUCUAUCCGCCAAGUCCUCGAGCUUGGGCACCCUUUCGUGCCAACUCACCGCGAUGCGGUGGAAGGGCUCCAUCUUCCUGGCGUACGUCCAGUACAUGCUCAGGCUCAGCCAGAGGAGAAUGAGGAGGUACAAGAUCGCGACGAUGCUUCAGAUGAAUCUCACGCAGGAAGAGGAGAAGCUGGCCCGGUGCAAGGCCAGAUACUACAGGCUCAAAACCAACAGGCGCCCGUGGUAAACCCACACCCGAAUCCAAACGCCAACGCGGCCCAUGGAGGAGAUGGAUUUAUCAAGGCGAAACUUCGAGCUCUAGCCGCAGCAUUCCGUCGGCUCUUCCCUGUUAUGGUUCUCGAGAGGUGGAUCCGCCAAGUUAUUCGAAACCAGUAA